AUGAGUUGUAUAAUGGUCUAUGCUCUUGUUUGCAACUUCUCAAAGCCACACAAUUCAUCAGUUGUGAGGCUUAACCACUCUGAUGUAGAUACCCUUGUUCAUGAAUUUGGACAUGCUCUUCAUUAUUUCCUUUCAGGAACAGAUUAUCAACAUUUUUCAAGUACCAAAGUGGCUUUUGAUAUGGCCGAAACUCCUUCCAAGCUUUUUGAAUAUUAUGGAUGGGAUUACAAAGUCUUGAAGAAAUUUGCUAGACAUUAUUCCACUGGCAAUUCCAUUCUUGAGAAACUUGUGGAGUCGAUGAUGGGAGCUAGAAGGAUGGUGUUUUGCAAUGGAAUUGCAGUAACAUGUCGAAUUUGGAUUUCUCAUAUUAUAUUUUUUCCCUCUAAUGAAACUUUGCAAAUUUGA